AACUUAUUGUUUCUAAGAAAAAUUGAAGUUUUGAGCAACAAACUCGCCCUAAUUGUUCUGUACUUUUUUUGCCGCCUCAAGCUCCUACAGUUACCCGCCCCCAAAUUUCAAGCCCUAGCCUCCUCAAUUUGGAACCCACUCGACAACAUAAACGAAGAAGACGAAGUUUUGACAGAAAAAAAAACGAAGACGAAGUGAAAAUGGUUUUUGGGCAAGUGGUGAUUGGUCCACCUGGGUCAGGGAAGACCACCUACUGCAAUGGCAUGUCUCAGUUUCUCCAACUCAUUGGAAGAAAAGUUGCUGUUAUCAAUUUGGAUCCUGCUAACGAUGCAUUGCCAUAUGAAUGUGCUGUGAACAUAGAGGAUCUUAUUAAACUAAGUGAUGUGAUGGUGGAGCACGGUCUUGGUCCAAAUGGAGGUCUCGUAUAUUGCAUGGAUUAUCUAGAGAAGAAUAUUGACUGGUUGGAGGCGAAGUUGAAACCUCUUAUAAAAGAUCACUACUUUCUCUUUGAUUUCCCCGGCCAAGUCGAACUAUUCUUUCUUCACUCCAGCACCAAGAAUGUUAUCAUGAAACUCGUAAAGAAGUUAAACCUCAGGUUGACUGCAGUUCAUUUGGUUGAUGCCCACCUUUGCAGUGACCCUGGGAAGUAUGUUAGUGCAUUGCUUCUCUCUUUAUCAACCAUGCUUCAUAUGGAACUCCCACACAUAAAUGUCUUGUCUAAGAUUGAUUUAAUAGAGAGUUAUGGAAAGCUAGCUUUCAACCUUGAUUUUUAUACAGAUGUAGAGAAUCUAUCUUAUCUUCAAUACAGUCUUGAUCAGGAUCCUCGCUCGGCUAAAUACAGAAAGCUCACUAAGGAGAUUUGUGAUGUAGUAGAAGAUUACAGUCUUGUCAAUUUUGCAACUUUAGAUAUUCAGGAUAAAGAGAGUGUGGGAAAUCUAGUUAAACUGAUAGACAAGAGCAAUGGAUACAUUUUUGCUGGCAUAGAAGCGAGCGCAGUAGAGUUCAGCAAGGUUGCAGUUGGUCCUGUUGAUUGGGAUUAUUACAGAGUUGCAGCGGUGCAAGAGAAGUACAUGAAGGAUGACGAAAAUUUUGAUGAUGAUGAACACUCUGGAGACUGACAAUCUUCAUUUUGUGAGAAAAUGAUUCUGUGAGUUGAUAACAAAGUUUCUUCACGUGGAAGUGCGCGUACACACACACAGGAAAUCUGCUUUGUUGAAGAAGAUGCCUUUGAACUUCUAGAUGUUAUAGACUUCUGGAAAAUAAAUGUCUGCAGGUGAGAAGUGUCGGGGCCCCGCGCCAAAUUGGAAAUGGGGGGAAUGAGUUUUAUUAUUAUUAUUUUUUUCCCUUUUUUCUCAAAACUUAAGUUUUAUUAAGAACAUUCGAAUACAUAAUUUCUAAAAGAAAGAGGAAAGAUGACAACACAGUCAUCGAGAGUAGAGCAACAAAUUGUAUCCACCU